AUGGAGCGCGGCAAAAGUAACUUGCAAGGAGUUGGAGUUCCUAGCGGAGUUGUAGAUCAAGGAGUGAGUCAAGGAGCAGCUGCUGGUACUGCACUCCCUCCACUUCGAAAAAGGAAACUUAAUGCUAGUGGUAGUAGAAAAACUUCUACGGUUUGGGAAGAGUUUAACAUUUUACCGGAUGAGCCUGAACCUAUAGCCGCGUGUAAACACUAUCAUAAAAGGUACCGAUGUGACCCUAAAACACAUGGUACUUCUAACAUGCUAGCUCACUCGAAAAUGUGUUACAAAAACCCUGCCCUUUUGUUGAAAGACCCCAAUCAGACAAACCUUGUAAGCGGCGAGGGUGGGUUUUUAGUUCCAACUAGUCAAAGGUUUAAUGCUGCAGCCUGUAGGAAGGCCAUUAAUACCUUUGUUAUCCUUGAUGAACAUUCCUUUAGAGUGGUUGAGGAUGUUGGUUUUAAGCAAAUGUGUAAACAAUUGCAACCCCAAAUGGCUAUCCCUACUAGGAGGACCGUUGCUAGGGAUUGUUUUCAGCUUUACCUAGCUGAAAAGUCACGUCUUAAAGCCUUUUUUAAAUCUGAUUGUACUAGGGUUGCACUAACCACAGACUGUUGGACUUCGAUACAAAACCUUAGUUAUAUGGCCACCACUGCACACUUCAUUGACACUGCUUGGAAGUACCAAAAAAAAAUUAUUAGUUUCUCUUUAGUUCCAAAUCACAAAGGUGAUACCAUUGGCAUGAAAGUCGAGGACGUUUUGAGGGAAUGGGGGCUUAGGAAAGUGUCUACAAUUACCCUGGAUAACGCAACAGCAAAUGAUGUGGCUGUGAGUUAUUUGGAUAGAAGACUUAAGAGCAAGAAUGCUUUACUGGGUGUAGGUGAUUAUUUGCAUAUGAGGUGUGCUGCCCAUGUCUUGAACUUGGUAGUGAGAGAUGGUGAAAAAGAACAUGAAGGGUCUAUUGAAUCAGUUCGCACUGCUGUUAGGUUUGUAAGGUCUUCUCCACAAAGAGCUAUGAAGUUUAAGGAGUGUGUUGAACUUGCGGGCAUAACUUGUAAAAAAAAACUUUGUCUUGAUGUUUCUACAAGGUGGAAUUCCACUUACCUAAUGUUGGAUGCUGCUGAAAAGUUUGAAGCUGCAUUUGACAAUAUGAUUGAUGAGGAUCCUGGAUACAUCGAAUAUUUUGACCUCCUUACCGGUCCACCCGGUUCUCAGGAUUGGAAAAAAGUUAGGGCUUUUGUGGUUUUCUUACAAACCUUCUAUGAGGCAACCAAAGUGUUUUCAACUUCGCAAGAAGUGUCCUUGCAUUUAGCUUUUCAUAACUUGUCUUCAAUUUUGUGUGAGCUUCAAGAAGCUUCAUUUAACUUGAAUUCUUAUGUGGCUCCAAUGAUUUCACAUAUGAAGGUUAAAUAUGAUAAGUAUUGGGGGAUGUGGGAAAAGUUUAAGUUUAACUAUAUUGAGUGGUCUUUUAAUGAUAUGUAUGGGCAUUCUAGUGACCUUGCCAAGAAAAAUAUUGAAUGUGUCAAAACUAGUUUGUUUAAACUAUAUAAUUGGCAUAAAUCUGAUCAUGAUAAGAAUGUUUGGGCUAGUCCUUUAAGUGCACCAGGGAGCACUUCCCUUGGAGAAGCAUCUUCCCAACCAAAAGAACCAUCACCUUUUACAAGGGCUAAUGCUUUUAAGAAACAUCUGAAGGAAAAAGACACAAUUGAAAAUGAAAAUGAACUAGAGAAGUACUUAGGUGACCCUUGUUGCGGGGAGGGGGAAAAUUUUAGUAUUCUUAAUUGGUGGAAGGAAAAUUGCACCCGUUAUCCUAUAUUAGCAACCUUGGUUCGGGAUGUGUUGGCAACACCUGUUUCUAGUGUAGCCUCAGAAAGUGCUUUUAGCACGGGGGGGAGGAUUUUAGAUAUCUAUAGGAGCUCUUUGAGUCCAGAUAUGGUCGAAGCGCUUAUAUGUACUCAAAACUGGUUGAAGCCUUCUGACAAUGAUCUAAAUGUCCUUAAUAUGACUGAAGAAUAUGAGAUUAGUGAAUCAAUUGUUUCAGAGUUUCAAGUAGCUACUGGUGGAGCAGUUGCUCCUACACAUGCUGGCUGUGAAUUUUUGAAUAUUUUGGAGUCACUUUGUGAUUCAAUAAGACAAGCCUUUCUUUUUUGGAGUCAUUUUUUGAAACUAAGGAUGGAACCCUGCAUAUUGGGCUCGUUAUUUAUUGGAAUCCCUGUCAAAGAAAUUUCUGGAUGGUGGCGGGUUUGUUUUGGGGUAUCUACCAUACCUGCAGCUAUACUUGCUCUGGCUAUGGUCUUUUGUGCAGAAAGUCCACAUUGGUUAUACAAGCAAGGAAGAACUGCUGAAGCUGAAGUUGAGUUUGAAAGGCUUCUGGGUGUAUCCGAAGCAAAGUUUGCAAUAUCACAGUUAUCCAAGGUAGAUAGAGGUGACGAUACUGAUACUGUGAAGUUCUCUGAAUUGCUUCAUUGUCAUCAUUCUAAAGGCGAUAUCAAUGAUCAUUCAAGCCACAUGAGCAAGUUCACUUUUACUAAACACGGGAGCUCUGUACCUAUCUGUUGGUGGCAUGCUAAUGUUUGUAUUUACAUUUGCUCUUGGAGCUGGUCCAGUUCCAGGUCUACUUCUAACAGAAAUCUUUCCCAGUCGAAUCAGAGCCAAAGCCAUGGCAUUCUGUAUGUCUGUACAUUGGGUCUGUAAUUUCCUUGUUGGGUUACUGUUCUUGCGUUUACUGGAGAAACUUGGUCCACAACUGCUUUACUCAAUGUUUGCUACAUUCUGCAUGAUGGCAGUAAUCUUUGUAAAAAGAAAUGUGGUGGAAACCAAAGGGAAAUCACUUCAAGAAAUUGAGAUAGCACUUCUUCCCC